UUCCGAGGAGUAUUAAGGAUAAAUUUUUAUCUGGGAGGGGAGGCUGAACACCUUUUUCCAAGUAUCUGAUUUGGGAUCGAGUUGUCUCCCUGUGUCCUGAGUCUAUAGGGAUUUCCUGAUCUCUAAUUCGCCGUUUUCACCACCCCUAGGAAAAUAUGUAUUGAUCUAAGAUUAAAUUCCACCUCGCCCUGGAGCCUCCUCUGAAAGCAGGAAACUGGAAAUCUCAUUGUAAGGGUUUCCUGGGGCUCCGAAGAGUCGUUGUCCCGCUUCUCUCAGCCUACCCCAAUACUGUCUGUUUUUGGAUCCAGGGUCACUGCUUCUACAGUUAUUUUGAGAGGUUCCUGGUUUGACUCACAAUAGAUUGAUCCUCUCUCCAAUGAUGAACUGUGUGUGUCCGGGGUUUGUCCAAUGCCCCAGAGUCUGGUUGCUGGAAGGAAGAACAGGAUGGAUCUGGUGCUGAGAAAAUACCUUCUCCAUGUGGCUCUGAUGGGUGUUCUUCUGGCUGUAGGGACCACAGAAGGACCCAGAGACAGGGACUGGCUUGGUGUCUCAAGGCAGCUCAGAAUUAAAGCAUGGAACAGACAGCUGUAUCCAGAGUGGACAGAAAGCCAGGGGCCUGACUGCUGGAGAGGUGGCCACGUAUCCCUGAAGGUCAGCAAUGAUGGGCCUACACUGAUUGGGGCAAAUGCUUCCUUCUCUAUUGCCUUGCACUUUCCUAAAAGCCAAAAGGUGCUGCCAGAUGGGCAGGUCAUCUGGGCCAACAACACCAUCAUCAAUGGGAGCCAGGUGUGGGGAGGACAGCUGGUAUAUCCCCAAGAACCUGAUGAUACCUGCAUCUUCCCCGAUGGAGAGCCCUGCCCUUCUGGCCCUCUAUCUCAGAAAAGAUGCUUUGUUUAUGUCUGGAAGACCUGGGACCAAUACUGGCAAGUUCUGGGGGGCCCAGUGUCUGGACUGAGCAUCGGGACAGACAAGGCAGUGCUGGGCACACAUAACAUGGAAGUGACUGUCUACCACCGCCGGGGGUCCCAGAGCUAUGUGCCCCUCGCUCACUCCAGUUCAGCCUUCACCAUUACUGACCAGGUGCCCUUCUCCGUGAGUGUGUCUCAGCUGCAGGCCUUGGAUGGAAGGAACAAGCGCUUCCUGAGAAAGCAGCCUCUGACCUUUGCCCUCCAGCUCCAUGAUCCCAGUGGCUAUUUGGCUGGGGCUGACCUUUCCUACACCUGGGACUUUGGUGACAGUACAGGGACCCUGAUCUCUCGGGCACUCACGGUCACUCACACUUACCUCGAGUCUGGCCCAGUCACUGCACAGGUGGUGCUGCAGGCUGCCAUUCCUCUCACCUCCUGUGGCUCCUCUCCAGUUCCAGGCACCACAGAUAGGCAUGUGACAACUGCAGAGGCCCCUGGAACCACAGCUGGCCACGUGCCUACUACAGAAGUCAUGGGCACCACACCUGGCCAGGUGCCAACUGCAGAGGCCCCUGGCACCACGGUUGGGUGGGCGCCAACCACAGAGGAUGUAGGUACCACACCUGAGCAGGUGGCAACCUCCAAAGUCUUAAGUACCACACCAGCGGAGAUGCCAACCGCAGAGGCUACAGGUAGGACACCUGAAGUGUCAACUACAGAGCCCUCUAGAACCACGGUUACACAGGGAACAACUCCAGAGCUGGUGGAGACCACAGCUGGAGAGGUGUCCACUCCUGAGCCUGCGGGUUCAAAUACCAGCUCAUUCAUGCCUACAGAAGGUACUGCAGGCUCCCUGAGUCCCCUGCCAGAUGACACUGCCACCUUAGUCCUGGAGAAGCGCCAAGCCCCCCUGGAUUGUGUUCUGUAUCGCUAUGGCUCCUUUUCCCUCACCCUGGACAUUGUCCAGGGUAUUGAGAGUGCUGAGAUCCUACAGGCUGUGUCAUCCAGCGAAGGAGAUGCAUUUGAGCUGACCGUGUCUUGCCAAGGCGGGCUACCCAAGGAAGCCUGCAUGGACAUCUCAUCGCCAGGGUGUCAGCCGCCUGCCCAGCGGCUGUGUCAGCCUGUGCCCCCCAGCCCAGCCUGCCAGCUGGUUUUGCACCAGGUACUGAAGGGUGGCUCAGGGACCUACUGCCUCAAUGUGUCUUUGGCUGAUGCCAAUAGUCUGGCGAUGGUCAGCACCCAGCUUGUCAUGCCUGGGCAAGAAGCAGGCCUCAGGCAGGCUCCUCUGUUCGUGGGCAUCUUGCUAGUGCUGACAGCUUUGUUGCUUGCAUCUCUGAUAUACAGGCGAAGACUUAUGAAGCAAGGCUCAGCAGUCCCCCUUCCCCAGCUGCCACACGGUAGAACCCAGUGGCUACGUCUGCCCUGGGUUUUCCGCUCUUGCCCCAUUGGUGAGAGCAAACCCCUCCUCAGUGGACAGCAGGUCUGAGUGCUCUUAUGUGACGUCAUGAUUUACCCAAGUGGAGAGCAAGGCCUGUCUUUUCUCUGGUCUUCCCUCAGAGACUACCAAUGCCCGAAAUAAAGACUCAGAACUUGA